AUGAACUGUGAAACAAAAGUAUCUGCCGUCAUGGCAGAGCACCUCAAAACAUUUCAACAGUAUACCGAUCUUGAGGAGAUUCUCCUAUGCCUGCUGAUGAAAGGAGUAAUCAAGAAUGAUGAAUUCCUUGGCUUGAUGAAUGAGACCAGGGAAAAGAGAAGGAAGCAGGCGUUGUUCCUUCUCGAAAAGAUCCCCACUGCAGGGGAUGGCGCCUUUUUAGCAUUUCUGGAGUGCCUUAAGAAGAACCACCGAAAGUUGGCCGAGACAUUACUAAAAUCCCUGGGUCAGAAAAAUGAAGCUUACACAAGAGAAGUUCGUGCCCAAUGGGAGGGAGGUUCGCCACUGGCAUCUCAGGGAGUUUUAUCGCUGGCAGCUCAGGGAAUAGCAGCUCAACCCGUUGGUCCUUCGGGAGGGGAGUGUCAAAUUUGUACCAGUGAACUGAGCAAUAUUACGUCGCCAAGAGCGUAUGUACCUAGCCAAGAACCUGAUGUGAUGGAUCAGUUCAAGCGCUGA